AACGUUCUUUCCUGUUUUUAUUCCUUCUCAGAUGCAGCAGCUGUUUUAUGAGAACUACGAGCAGAACAAAAAAGGCUACAUCAAAGACCUCCAUAACAGCAAGAUCCAUCGAGCUAUCACCUUGCACCCAAACAAGAGCCCACCCUACCAGUACAGACUCCACAGUUACAUGUUGAGCCGCAAAAUAGCGGAGCUGCGAUACCGGACUAUACAACUGCACCGGGAGAUCGUCCUCAUGAGCAAAUACAGCAAUACAGAGGUCCACAGGGAUGAUCUCCAGCUGGGGGUUGCGCCUUCCUUCAUGCGCUUCCAGCCGCAGCAGCGCGAGGAGGUCUUGGAGUGGGAGUUCCUCACCGGAAAGUACCUUUACUCUGCGGCAGAUGGGCAGCCGCCUCGCCGAGGCAUGGACUCCUCGCAGCAUGAGGCACUGGAUGAUAUUGUGAUGCAAGUCAUGGAGAUGAUCAACGCCAACGCCAAGACCAGAGGGCGGAUCAUUGACUUCAAGGAGAUACAGUACGGCUACCGCAGGGUCAACCCGAUGUACGGGGCAGAGUACGUCCUGGACCUCCUCCUUUUGUACAAGAAGCACAAGGGCAAGAAGAUGACAGUCCCUGUCCGAAGGCAUGCCUACUUGCAGCAGACCUUCAGCAGAGUUCAGUUCAUGGAGCACGAAGAGACGGAUGCCAAAGCCCUGGCCAGCACAAUCAACCAGGAAUCUGGGUCUCUGUCGUUCCUCUCCAGUUCCUUGAAGAUGUUUGUCCCAUUCCAGCUAAGUAAGUCGAAAGCAGAGAAGAAGGAACCCAAAGACCAGAAGAUCAACAUCUUGAUUCCUCUCUCUGGCCGCUUCGACAUGUUUGCCCGCUUCAUGGGGAACUUUGAAAAGACAUGCCUGAUUUCCAACCAGAAUGUCAAAUUGGUGGUCCUGCUCUUCAACUCAGACUCCAACCCCGACAAAGCCCGGCAAGUGGAGCUGAUGAGGGACUACCGCCUCAAGUAUCCCAAGGCAGACAUGCAGAUCUUGCCAGUAUCUGGCGAGUUUUCCCGCGCUCUGGCCCUCGAAGUCGGAUCCUCUCAGUUUAACAACAAAUCGUUGCUGUUUUUCUGUGAUGUUGACUUGGUGUUUACGGCCGAGUUCCUGCAACGAUGUCGAGCUAACACAGUUUUGGGGCAACAAAUCUAUUUCCCGGUCAUCUUUAGCCAGUACGAUCCAAAGAUUGUCUAUAGUGGGAAGGUUGCUAGUGAUAACAAUUUUGCCUUUACGCAGAAGACGGGCUUCUGGAGGAACUACGGCUUUGGGAUUGCCUGUAUUUACAAAGGGGAUCUCAUCCGGGCCGGCGGCUUUGACAUUUCGAUCCAAGGUUGGGGCCUCGAGGACGUGGACUUGUUCAACAAAGUAAUUCAGGCCGGAUUAAAAACGUUCCGGAGCCAGGAGGUUGGAGUUGUCCAUGUGCACCACCCCGUCUUCUGUGACCCAAAUCUGGAUCCAAAACAGUACAAAAUGUGCUUGGGCUCCAAAGCUUCCACUUAUGGGUCGGCCCCGCAGUUAGCUGAGCUGUGGCUCCAAAAGAAUGAGCCAAGCCUUGGGAAGAACAGCAUUGCGAAUGGCUCGCUGAGGACAGCCUAAUAUCCAGCGUACGCUGGGGAGAGAAACAAAAAAACUACCUAUUUCAUUUUUUAUUGCCCUAAUUUAUUUUAUUUUAAUUUCUUUUUUUAGAAAACAUUUUGAUAGUCGAUUUUUUAAAAAAAGAGACCGCACAAGGGUAUAUUUUGGACACCACCUUCUUUCUUACGAAGAUCGCCUGAGCUUUUUCGUUCUGAACAAAACUGUGACCUUCCUUUGCCUUCUUGAACAAACAGCAGUGGCUGAGUAUUACGAAUUGCCUGGUUCCGACAACUUGAAACAAUCCCGCUUCCCUGUCUGUCUCCAUAGAUAGUUCUUUUUUUAAAAAAAGGAAGGGAAAAACACCUUUCUUCUCUAUGUUUUCCCCUGUUGUCCAUUGAGGUGCUUGUGUUUUUCUAAUAACACUUGAAUGCAAAGUGGCACAAAAAGGUUCACUUCAUGGUUAGGGGUUUUCUUUUCCUACUUUGGGAUUGUAACAGACAGAACAUAUGGAUUCCUUCCUGGAUUAAAAGUGUUAGGACAAAGAAAAGAAUAUGGCGGUGUCCGCCAGUUUUUGCUUGUAGGAAUAUUUCAUUUGGUUGAUAUUUCGACCUCAAAAUGUACCUUUUGCUCGCUGUAUUUUGAGCAACCAGAAAGAAAGGGUCAUUGAGCACAACCUUGAUCAUAUCUACCUUUGGGUUUGUUAUUUAAAGAAAAUGUAAUUCCUCUUUUGGUCCAUAUUUUGGAUCUUACGCCUAGACAACAAAUGCCUAGACAACAAGAAUCUUCCUAAUCAGACAAAAAAGCAACACAUUAGAUUAGAGAGAAAAAACAACAUUUCUUUGCUGCAAAAAGCAACAAACGUACAUCCAAGACACUCCAAAUUCAACGUGUUGGGAAAAUAAAUUAUUCCCACUCCCUCCCAAACAAUUACAGUAUUUUGAAACGGGAACAAUUUGCUGUGUCUCCAUUGCAUAAUUAGGUUUGCUUUUUUUUUUUUUUUUGCUUUUUGUAUUGGAUAGGCCUUUAAUUUAUUUAAUAUCUUUUUGUUUUAGGUUUCUGUCUUUCUCUUUUUUAUUUUUAAUAACCGCUAGUCAUUAAUAUUUGUAUCUUAGGAAUGUAUUGCAUUUUCUUACUGUUAAAGAUAGACGACACCUUGCUUUGCAGUAAAAUGAUCUCCAAAGAGUC